AUGCCACACGAGGAGUUGCCUUUCUGGCUAGUCAAUGUUCCUAGAGAUCAAUGGCCGAGCGAGUGCCCGGACUUCUUGAGAGAUAUUAGUGAGAAGGAUAAAGGGAUCAUCGGGACGCCUGACGAACACUACAAGGUGUUGACAUGGGACCAAGUGCGGGACAUUGUAGAGAGCAACCGGGUCGACAAGUUUCAUCGCAUGCCAAGUGAGUUGAGGCGGUAUCGGCAGUUCACCCAUCGGCUGGAGAGGGAUUACGGCAGCAUCAUGAACUUCAUUGUUAAUGAGCGGUUGAAGUGGGGAAGUAUGGAGCCGAAGGGCAAGCCGUUCGAAUUUGAUGACAUCAAGAUACUAUAUAACGACUGGCCAUAUGGCAUCGAUGCAGACGUUGUGCACCUCGUCGUGUGGACCAAGUUUGAACUGGACGACGACCCCGACACUGGGCUCUCUACCGCAGAAUCCCAGAAACAAAUCGGUGAUUACGUACAAAAGACGUUCGCUCCAAAGGUAAAAGAGUUGGUCUGGUUCAAGAAUUGGAAGAGUCUGAAGAGCGUGCAUGCAGUGGAGCACUUCCACGUCAUGUUGUACAGGCCGGACGCUGUGUUCCUAAGGGAGAUUACGAACGGCGAUGUCCCGAUGACUGAGAAGUUCGCCUAG